AUGGAUGAAACAGCUGAGGGAUAUUUGUCAUCGACUGAGGAAGCAUCUGCUGAAAGUGCGACAACAUCGCAAUCUAUUCGAUUAUGUGAUUUGUGUCGUAAAGAUUCAUGGAAGUAUCGCUGUCCACGUUGCUCAUUUCGUAGUUGUUCAUUAUCGUGCUCUAAAGAACAUAAAACGAAAUAUGAUUGUUCUGGUGAGCGUGACAAAUCAUUUGAUAUUAUCAAAAGGCUUGUUGAUUAUUCGUCAUCGGUAGCUGUUGAUGAUGAAAAAUUUCUCAGUACCGUCACAGCAUCACUGAAUAAUGCUGAAGAACGUUUGACAGGAAUAAGCCAUGCAAAUACACUUCAUUUUGAACAACAAUUAAAAGCAAAUGAGAAUAAGCCUGAAGUUACUGCUGAUAUUUCAACAGAAGAGAUCAUUGAAGCUCAUCAUGAACAGCACUGCGCAAAUGGAAUACAAGAUAAUGGGAAUAGUCUAUUGGAUGAAAUCAAUGAGAAAAAAGAAGUGACAUCAUCACAAAUAGUUAAUGGAAGGGAGUUAACAGUGGAGCAUUUGGAAUGGAAAGCUACGGUUACGAAGCGUUACUUACUCAACAAUGCUCAUCGGAGGCGUAUUUGGCUUACUGUCACUCCUGACAAAGAAGGUAACUGCUCUCGCCAUGAGCAAUUUUCGGAUACUAUCUUCUGGACUAUAAGAAUAAUUUUUCGUCGGGAAGAACAGGGUGAAGCUGGAAAACAAAUUGUUGAAGAUGGAUACACAGUGAAUAAUAUUCCGGAAAGUAUAUCCGUAGCAACACUUCUGCGACAAUUCAUCAAACCUAAAAUGGUUGGACCAGUUGUUAGUAAGUCAGAUCUUGAUGCUGAGAAGAUGGCACCUUUCCAGGAAGCUGGUAUGGAUAAGCUGAUGGUUUAUAUGCCUGUGCCUAUUGAAGGAAAACAACGUUUUUAUGUAAUAGAUCCUUCAAAGACGAUUCUCGAUAACACACGAAAUCGUUUCAUUUUGGAGCAUCCAACUUUCAUCGUUACAUUGAAUAAUCAGUUUAACGACUAUGUUAUGCUCAGCGAACAGGAAGCACGAGAGCUUCGGGAAUUGCAAAGACAGAAAAAUCGAGAUGAAAAUCAAAAUGUUGUGCAGAAUAAUCUUCGCGGAAGAGGUCGCUUUGAUAAUGGGCGAUUUAUGUCUCGUGGACGAGGUGGUGGACGGGGAGGGUUCAAAAGGCCGUAUAAUUCGCCGGAUGGUAGGGGCGGUCGGGGAUCAGGAAGACCGUGGAAGUGCGGUCGACAAUUUCGAGGCGGCUAUCACCAAAAGCGUGAUUUCUAUGAAAGGAAUAAUGAUGGACGAGGUGUGUCGGGAACUCCAAAUUUAAUGCAGGAUUGCGAUUGGCGUCCACCGAUUCCCUCACAAGUAGGAGAUCCAAUUAUGGACGCGUGGUCAAAAGCUCUUGAGGCUAAAGCAAAAAAGGAAGCUCUUCCAAAUAUCAAUAGCUCAAGCGAAGUUCAAGCUAUCUCAUAA